AUGCUGCUUUGAAACUGGAGCAUUGUUAACCAUGAUGUAGAGGUUCCUUCCGGCUAAAUCGGGUUGGAUUAUGUAUCCCGCGAUAGGCUUGCUGGCGAGUUUACGUUGCACUGUGAUUUGAACCUCAGUUUUCCUAAGGUGAUCCAUGCCUCUGUGUUUUUGCCUUUGUCAAUAUGUCCCCAGCAUCGGCUGCCACGGCCAGUGAGAGCAGCACCACUACCGUUCCAGAGGAGGACACAGAGGAAAGCCCCCGCGAGGAGCAACGGCCCCUGAAGCAGUCGCUCAGUAAAUCCCUGUGCAGGGAGAGCCACUGGAAAUGCCUGAUCCUGUCCCUGCUCAUGUACGGCUGCGUGGGGGCCAUGACCUGGUGCCACGUGACCAAGGUGACGCGCCUCUCUUUCGACAGUGCCUACAAGGUCAAGUCCAUGAUGUACCACGAAAGCCCCUGCUCCAACGGUUACAUCUACAUCCCUGUGGCCUUCAUGGUCAUGCUCUACGUGGUCUACCUGGUGGAGUGCUGGCACUGCCACACCCACAACCAGCUACAGCACAAGGUGAACGUGGAGAGUGUGGGAGAGCGUGUCGGGCGCAUGCAGCAGGCCACGCCCUGCAUCUGGUGGAAGGCCAUCAGCUACCACUAUGUGCGGCGGACACGACAGGUAACACGCUACCGUAACGGAGACGCAUACACCACCACGCAGGUGUACCACGAGCGAGUCAACACGCAUGUGGCCGAGGCGGAGUUCGACUACAGCAACUGUGGUGUGAAGGACAUAUCCAAGCAGCUGCAGGGCCUAGACUGCUUCCCUGUCACGAAGCUGAGGUUCACUAAGUGCUUUAGCUUCGCCAACGUGGAGUCGGAGAACGCCUACCUGACUCAACGGGCCCGCUUCUUCACUGAGAAUGAGGGCCUGGACGACUACAUGGAGGCCCGGGAGGGAAUGCACCUGAAGAAUGUAGACUUUAAGGAGUACAUGAUUGCCUUCUCGGAUCCGGACCACCUGCCUUGGUACGUGUCCAACUACGUGUUCUGGACAGCCGCCGCCUUCACCUUCUCCUGGCCGCUGCGCGUGCUAACCGAGUACCGCACGGCCUAUGUCCAUUACCACGUGGAGAAGUUGUUCGGCUUCGAUUAUGUCCCUGUCACACCAUCUGAGGAGCGACCAUACUGCCGCCACAUCCCUCGGGUCAACACCAUCGACAGCACCGAGUUGGAGUGGCACAUCCGCUCCAACCAGCAGCUGGUGCCCAGCUAUUCAGAGGCUGUACUCAUGGACCUGGCUCAGCUCUCGUCAGGUGGCGGCGGCAAUGCCAACACCUACUCAGUGUGCGGCGGCUACGGCAGCUACCGGCAGAACUGCGAGCGCUGCCACCGCACCAUCAGCAGCUCGUCCAUCUUCUCGCGCAGCGCCCUGAGCAUCUGCACUGGGACUAGCCCGCGCAUCCCCUUCAGCGGCAGCCGCUUCUCGCUGUCGCGGCUGUACGGAUCACGGCGCAGCUGCCUGUGGCGGAGCAGCGGCAGCCUCAAUGAGACAUCGUGCCCCACAGAGAGCACGCGCUGCCUGACACCGUCGGGCCAGCUGACUAGCGAGGAGAAUCCACCGGACUACCAGGACGCGCUCUACUUCCCUGUGCUCAUCGUGCACCGCAACGAGGGCUGCCUGAACCACUCGCUGCACAGGAAUGGAUCCUGCGUGGAGACCUCUAUAUGACGCAGCACUGGGCCUCCCAGUCCAGACCUGAACAAGGAAUGUAAUGUUACUGUCCUUUCUCUGGGAGGACACUGACUGGAUAAUGAACCUUCCUUUUGGAUCUUUUUUUCCUCUCCAUUAGACCACAUGACACACCAGUGGCAUUCCGGAACCCUUCCAGACCUCUUCCAACACUGUUUAUCAAAGACAGUACUGAGUUAAAUGCACAUUUUGAAUGCUCACUCCACCUUUUCCAUAACUUCCUUUGCAGCCCAGCUCAUCUCACA